CACAGAAAGAUUCUCCGUGAUAACAUCCAAGGUAUCACAAAGCCAGCCAUCAGAAGAUUGGCCAGAAGAGGUGGUGUCAAGCGUAUCUCUGCUUUGAUCUACGAAGAAGUCAGAGGUGUUCUCAAGUCCUUCUUGGAGAACGUCAUCAGAGAUGCCGUCACUUACACUGAGCACGCUAAGAGAAAAACCGUCACUUCUUUGGAUGUCGUUUACGCUUUGAAGAGACAAGGUAGAACUUUGUACGGUUUCGGUAACUAAAGAGCUUUUUCUGGGAAGGGU